AUGUCGAUGUUUCUGGACAUGUUCAAGAUAACCCCUUUCGACUUGGAACCGGUCCUCGCCACUUGGACCGACGGUCCGAAGUUCAGCGGGAACCGCAAGAAAGAUCCUCCCGUUGCGGUGUGGCUCGAGCAGGUCAAGGCCGGCUGCGUCCAGAGGCAAGUCCCUGAAGAAUACUGGCAUGAGGUCGCGGAGCAUUUCAUGGGCAAGAAGGCAAAGAAGAGGUUCAAUGCUGUCAAGAAAGUACUCUACGAAAUGAACGGGGAGAGCUACCGGUGGACGUGGAAGAAGUUCAAGCUGCUGAUGUGCAGUGUCGGAUGGGAUAUCGACCCGAAGGCUACGCUUACUGUGGAGCACAAACCCUCAGGCGGAUGGUGGGUGAUCGGCAAGAAGAGCGAGGAGCCGGCUCCCCCUUCUAAAGUGGCACACGCAAGGUCCAAGUCCCAGUCGGACGUGCCCAAAGCAUCCACUACCAAGCCCAAAGCACCUGUUCGGAGCCAGUCCUCGUUCCUCUCUUGGACUCAGGCCGGCGACGCGAAGACGGUAUCCAAGGAUCACGGAGCGCCCGCUCCAACCCAGUCGUCCUUAUUUCCAUGGGCUCAGCCUGACAAUACGAAGACAAACGCCAAGGAUUCGAAAAUACCACCCAGUCGGAGCAACUCUUCUUUCCUCCCUUGGGGGCAGCCUAGUGACACGAAGAUCACCAAGGAGCCAACGACCAUUCAGAAAUCCCGCUUUAUCCCUUUCUGGCGAGUUGCGCAAGAGGAGCCUGAGGUCGCCAGCAAACUCACCGAAGCCCUCGUCCAAGCCCCCUUGUGGCUAUUCCUCGCCUGCGACGUGCUCGAGACGCUCAGCCAAGGCCACCCGAAAGCUAUGAGCGCAGUCUCCGCUAUCCUCAUUAUCGCAGGGAGCAUCCCUGCCAUCCCGGCCAUCACCACUGGUGCUGCUGGUGCUCUCUUGGCUUCCCAUGCCGCUCAGGCUGCUGGCGCUGCCGCAGUCAGUCUCGGGACUUGGCUGAAGACCAGACAGGCGGGGGAGGCCAAGGCUUCGGGCUCCAAGUAG